AUGAAGGUCCUCAACAAGCUACCGGCGGCCGGCUACCUCUUCCUGUUCGCCAUGCUCGCCUCGAGCGACCUCGACGAGAGGCGACAACGUCAGCGAGCGGUCAGGGCACAGGAACCGCUGUUCGAGCUGCCGGUCCAGCUAAUCGGAUUCCCGGUCAUCAUUCUCUCCGUCCGGUUGGCGAACUUUGCCAAAAAGCUCGCCUACUCGCUCAAUCCAAAGACCUAUCAGUCGCGCAGCCGCCGAGAGACACUGUCUGGGACGACGCUAGAACCGGAGCAGCUUUCCUGGCUGGCCAUCGAUGUGGCCCAGGCGGAGCGGCGCAUUCUGCACGAGUUUGGACCGAAGGCGUGCAUCGAGGAGGAACCGUGCCGCAUCCACGCGGUCAGCAGUGCACGCAUGGACCAGUACAAACCUGAUUGGAACGACAUUUUGAAAAACUACAAAUCGCAAUCCACCGGUAUGAAGCAGUGGUACUUGCUGUCCGUUUUUCUCGGUGACUAUCUGCGCGAUGUGCACUUUUGCAAGCAGCUAGCGAAACGGUUAGACUGCAACCGAUACCAGAGACCGUUCGUUCGAGACUGA